CUGCUGGCCAUAGAAACAGUGGCGACAUAUUUUUUCCGACAGGUGAUUGAUACACACAUUUAAGUUUAGAUAUUUAAAAACACUUUCACCAUGUCCGAGGUAAGAAUUUAAAUGCCUGGAACUUUUAAACUAUAAUUUAAUAUUUAAUCUAUCUCGUUAGUCGCUUGUAUAGUCAGUUUUGUCUUUGUUAUCAUUGAAUUUCAAAUCUACUUGUCAGUUUCAGUCUUCAUACUUCAUUAUUUUAUUAGUCAGCGAGUAGUUUAAUUCAAGUCCAACCACCUUUGGUUCCAAAGUUACAGAUUAAACAGGCACUUGCAUAAACUCUAAACAAUAUGUUUAUGAGUGGGAGACUGAAAUAAAAUCCUCACAUUUUCAUUGUUGAAGUGAAAACAUUAUUUUAAAACUAUAAACUAUAAUUUAUAAAAUAACUAUAAGUAUAAUAAUAAGUCUAAGUAAGUUAAGAUUGAGAUGAUAAACCAUUAAUCAUUAAACUUAAACAUAUCAUUAUUGGGAUAGGCAUUUGAUGAUAUGGAUGAUAGGGCUAAAAAACUAAAGCUUAACAUAAAAGUCAAAUAAAAAUAAAAUCAUUGUUCAUUGCCAUUGCCUUAAGCCUUAAUAAUUUAAAAAACAAUGCAAUUGUUAAAUUUGAAAUCAGAUAACCAUGUGAACCACUUUGCUAGGACUAACUUUGUGUUGUUAUUGUUUUUUAAAAUUAAUAUAAUCAUUGUGAACAGUAAUAACCUAGUAAUAAAUAAGUAAACAAAAUUAUCAGCCAUCACAACAAACAGGACUUUGUGUCUCUCAUAUAAGGUACUAUAAUAUAAUAAUAUGCGACCCUCUAUUUAUUUAACAUGAAUUUGAAAAAAAAAAUGUAUGAGUAUGUAUUAUUUAGUACUUCUUGACUUUCUAUACAUUUUGGCAGAUACCAUGUUUGAAUGUUUUUUACUUUUAUUUGUGUACAUGUUUUACUUCGGGAUGUUUGUUGAUUUGUUUACAAUUGCUUUUUAUUGUUAUAUAAAUAUAAUCAUAAAUAAAAGCUAUUGUCAUUCCGUUUUAUUGUUGUACAUAUAUUUAUGAUAAUAAAAAAAGCUAUUGUCACUGUAUUUCUGUUUACUUGUUGUAUACAGGGUAGCACAGAGGCUGAGGCAACUAAUUAAAUCACUUAGGGCCCUGCCCAUUUGGGGGCAGAUUUUUAAAUGGAAUUGUUAUGAAAAUUGUGGCGGCCCAAUAUUCAGAUUUGCUUGGGGCCCAAAUGUCCUCUGCACAACCCUUGUUGUAUAAAUAUAGUCAUAAAUAUUCUUGUUUUAUUACUGGAUAAUUUUGAUCAUCAAUGAAAGCUAUUGUCAUUGUAUUUCUGUUUUAUGUACAGGAAAAAAAAGACAAAGAGAAGCCACCCAUUGAUGACAGUGCAUUUGAGGCUUUAGAGAAAGAUUUCCAAGAGGUAAACAUUUGAUGUGGUAAUUUGUUACGCAUUUGACUUAAUAUUGAUCAGAAUUAUAAUAUAGACUUAUCACAUAAUUAUCUUACUAUGUGAACACAAAACUAAGACUCAUCGCUCAGAAUCAAAUGCAGCAUUAUAUUUUGGAGACUUUUGCUUGUCUCUUACUCACUUAUCCACUUAAUUUUAUUAAUUUUUUAAAUAUGCCAAGAGAUUUACUUUGAAGAUCAUGUAUAUAGCUUCAGGAUAUAAAACAAAAUAAAAUUGAUUAAUUCUAAUAUCAGAUGGUAUCUGAAAUUUAAAAAAAAUAUCCUCAAAGCUAAUGAUUCUGAUAUAACUGAUAAUAAUAUAAUUUUACCCUUUUUUAAUUAAACAGUUAACAAAAAAUACCAAUCGUCAGCAUCUCCACUUUCCUUUAUGCCUAUAUCUGUACUCUGGAAUUUUCUCAAGAUGUCUAUAAAAAAAACCUUCCAUUCAAAUAAGUGAAAUAAAUUUUUCAAAGAGUCUUUACAUUCUAGAUAAUUAUUUCCCUCCCCAAUGAAAAUGUUUAAAAAAAAAUCAAGCCUAAUACAUUUACUAAUCUGUUUUUUCAGGUUCUUGUUGAGCUCACAGGUGAUAGGAGUUUAGAAAAGUUCCGCCUAGAAUAUGAAAAGCUACACAAAGCCCUCAAGAAGUCUCACGAGAGUGAAAGACGACUUAUGCAAAAAUGCAGAGAGCUUAAUGCUGAAAUUGUUGCCAACUCUGCUAAGGUUGUCACAGCCCUUAAACUAUCCCAGGAAGACCAAGCCACCAUAGCAUCCCUUAAAAAAGUGAGCUGUAAAAAUACUUUUAAAUGUAAAAUGUUUAAAUGAUGAUUUUAAAUUAAUUUCAUUCCUUGAUUUCAAAUCUUUGAAUUCAUUAAUUUACAAAAAAAUUUGUUGUAUUUUUGUCAAAUAACGGGCAAGUCAAGUUUUUGUAUUUGUUUCUAUUCAAUAAUUAGAAUCAUUAUUACCUUGGCUAGGAUAUAUUUAAAAUAAUAAAAAUGACGUCUUAUUGUUACAGGAAGUAGAGAAAGCUUGGAAAAUGGUGGAUACUGCUCAUGAAAAAGAGUCCAAAUCAAAGGAAACAGCUCAACGUUUAAAAUCAGAGAUUGAACAGCUAAGUAAGCUUGUUGAACAGGGAGCAGGACUCACCAUUGGUCAGGAUCAUAGGUAUGAUAUUGUAUUAACAGUAUAAUUUUUAAAAAAUAUGGUUUUGUUCUAAUGACAGAGGUUGGAAUCACAAAUGACGCCAAGAUUUAAAAUGUUACAUAUUAAACUUAUUUUUUGAUACUUGGCAUGAAAACAUUCUUUGACAUUGGGCAGUUUCAUUUCAGCGAUACAUUUGUUGAUAAGAAAACUAAUUAUUGACCUUUCAACAGUGUCAAUGAACUCUUAAAGAUGAAGGAGGAGUUGACCAGAGAGAGGGAUGACCAGCUCAUGGAUAUCACCAAGCUCCGAGAACAGCUGACACAAGCAAAAAAUCUGCAGCAGAAGCUUGAGGCAGACAAAGCCGAUGCUGAAGAUAAGAUUAUCCAGGUUUGUCAUUGAAUGGUGUCAAGAAAAUAUCAGCUAUUCUUGCAAACAUAGAUUAAAAUGACCUUCAGUUAAGUUUUAUUUUAAAUUAACAUAUUAUUAACUUUCAAUUUGAAGCUGCAACAAGGUAAAAUCCUUUUGUUAAAUUAAUGGUCAGUGUGGGUUUAAUUUCAGCUAAACUCGGACAUUCAGAUGCGCAACAAUGAAGCCCAGCGUGAGUCUCGUAAGCGUGACAAAUUAGAGCGUGACCUGACCCAAGCCAAGGCUGAGCUGGAUGCCAAAAACUCUGAGAUUAAGAAAAUGCAGAAUCAGAUUGAGCACUACAAGGAGGAAAAGGAAACAUUAGACCAACAGCUCAAAGAGCAAAGGGUACACACUUUGGCUUGUCAUGUAUAAGUAACAAUGUCAUAGGAUAAUUUUUACAAAGGAAGGGCUAGUACAAAUAUCCCUGAUAAUAAUCUAAAAUCAGUGGAUCCAAUUUUGCGAGGAAAAUAAGGAGUGAGACCAGGAACAGAAUAUGGCUAAAUAUUUGGUGGAGAUAAGUUAAUGUAGAAAGAAAAUACAUUCUUCCAGCAAUAAAAAUCUUCAUGGAGGCCUUUUCUCAAUACUUAUAUUAUUUAGCUUAAAACUUCUAAAAAAUUGUUUUGUUUCAUUAAAAAGGGUAAACUAUUUUUUAUUGCUUUAAACUUUUAAACAGGUUUUAAGUGAGCGUACUCUUAAAGAUGCUGAAAUGCUGAAUGCACGGCUGAAUAAAGUGACUUCUGAAUAUGAGAGUCAGCUUGUGAUUGCUGACACUUUGGCUCAAGAGAAUCAAGCUCAAUCAACGAUAUUAAAGGUAAGCCAAUUCUUAACAGAAUAGGCAUUUAAAAUUAUCAGAAAUUGCUUCUUAUAGAAAAGUGCAGAUGUUUUAAAGUAUAAAUUAUACUUUAAAAAAACAAGUAUUGUUAAAAAUACAUUUAUUUUGGGCUUAGAAAAAAUAAAUUCAUAACAAUAGUAUUAAAUAUCCUGUCAAAUUUUUUUUCAAUAUUUGAAAAUGUGUUGGGUUAAACCUCAUUAUUAUAUUGAACUAUUUAUUUUGAAGAUUCUAUGUAUACUUAAUUUUAUCUGUUAUUUUUUAAAGAUUCUAUGUACACAUUUGUCUGUUAUCUUUGUUUUUUUUAAAAAUCACAGCAACGAGAGGAUGAGCUUAAUAACCAGAAGUCAGAGAGCCAGCGUCAAAACAAACUGAGAGACACCAUCCAGCGAAAGCUGAGGAGUGUUGAAGAAAGCAAAGCUGAAAUUGACCAACAGAAGGAGACACUGAAAGGGCAGAUAAAUGGCUUAGAAAGGGGCAAGUCAUUUUAAAGUUUUUGAGCAUUAGUAAUAAAAAUUAAAAAUUUUGAAAAAAUUUACAUGUACAAAAUUAUUUUGCUUUGAAAAUGUAUAAAGAACCUUUAUUUUUAUCUUCAGAACUUGAGGCAGCCAAAAAACAGGCUGAGCUUGACAAGAAAGCCAUAGACGACUUAAUCAGAGAAAGAGACAUAUUGAAUAAGGUUUGUUUUUAAUACUACUUGCAUUUUCUAUAGUUAAAAAAAAAUUCUGCCUGUAUAUAAUUAUAUUAUCUUUAAUUUAUUUCUCACCUUUCCCAUUUAAAAUGAUCUAUUUGUUACCUAGAAUCUGCUGAAAGCAGCUGGAGCCACACAAAAGCAGCUUCACCUCGUUAAGUUACAUGACCAGUCUAAGAAAAACUUGGAACAGGAAAUCUCCAACUACAAGGAGGAGGCCCAGAAGCAGCGAAAGAUUAUCUACCAGUUGGAGAAAGAGAGAGAUCGGUAUAUCAACGAGGCCAGUGACCUUACCCAGAAGGUAAAUGUUUUUUAUCAACUGGUAAAGCUAUAGCUGUAAGAGACUUAUCGAAAACGGAGAUGGCAUAUUUUUGUUAUUUUGCAAUAAAUUUCGUUAUAAUGAAGAAAUUAAUAUUUUUUAUUUGAAAAGAAAUAAUUGUUUAGAUUAAGUAAUUCAUAAAGCAGAGAAUUUGACAUGACAGAGUGACAAGGGAGUGAGUUUCAUGAAACUCAUGCAAAUUUUGAAAUUAAAAUUUUCUUCAGGUUCUUCAACACAUGGAAGAUGUAAAAGUUCGAGAGAUGCAGAUUUUUGACUACAAGAAGAAGAUUGCUGAGGCUGAAACUAAAUUGAAGCAACAGCAAAAUCUUUAUGAAGCUGUCCGCUCAGACAGAAACUUGUACAGCAAAAACUUAAUUGAAUCUCAGGUGAUUUUUCUACGUAGAAAUCUACUCACAAUAUAGUAUUUACUGAUAAACUCUUUAAAUCCAUAUUUUUGGAAAAAUACAUUAAUAAUGAAGGCAUAACAAAAGAUUACUCUUAUACUAAAACUUUUAAUUAUAAUAGCACUCAAACUGAGACUGUUAGCUGUAACACUCAAACAACAAUGAAAUAAUGAAAUACAAAAUUAAAAAAUUGUACCUUAGCUAAGUUAUUAAGUAUUUAAAGAGGCUGUUAACUCUUUCAAUGCGGAACAACGCACACUGCGUUCUUCCGCCGUUCUCAAAAGCACGGACCAACGUGCUGUGCGUUGUUUCAAUAUCACGUUUCUUUCUUUGCUAUUUCUCGGUUAAACUUUUUAAGCGCUAUUUUUAAAUAAGACUUUUACAUAGAAGAGUGGUACUUCAUUGUUUACAAUCGAAACCAAGGCUUAUUUAUUGUCAAUUGAAGCAUUAUUUUGAUGUUUUUCUUCGCGUCUUUUUUUUUUUUAAGUUGCUAUGGCUACCCUAGUCUCUAGUAGGUACGUUUCCUAGACGAUUAACAGUUAAAAAAGCUUUGAAAUUGUUUUAUAAUAUUUGUUUUGACAGCGAAGAUGAUUUAUAUUUAGAUGCAUCGCAUGAUUCCGAUGGUAGUAGUUUUAGAGGAAUUGAGUUAUAGAAUUGAGGAUAAGGUAUGCGUAUAUCGUUGGGUUUGGGGAAAAAUGGUUUAGCAUAAAAUAUUUUCACAUUUUAUGGUUCUUUCGUGUAACUUAUUUUUUUUUAAACUGUAGAAACUAGUGUACAAAUAUAUAGUCCUUUUAAUUACCUUUCAUUUGAUACUAAGUUUAGUCUUAUAAACCAAAGAAUAAUAUUUUUAAUAUUUAAAAAAAAAACCCAACCUCUCACUCUUUUUCCGCUCUUUGAAAAAAAUGUACAUUUUUUUGAUGAAAAAAUUCCGCAGCGAAAGAGUUAAUAAUAAUUGACUUUCACAUUACUGGAAGAAGAAAACUCCUAGAAGUUCUAAUUUUAUAUUUAAUGCAUUGACCCAUGCAAGGUCUCAAUAUUUAUCAGUCACUUAGUAAAACUUUACAGGUAUUUACAUGCAGGGUUGGCCCUACGGUUGCUGGCAUCUCAAGCAAGCUUAACUUUGGCAUCCCUUAAAAGUAUAAUCAUAAAAUUUGUGCAAGGAAAAAACUGGGGUUUUGGUUAUGAGUUUAUUAACAAAGAUGAACAAUAAAAUUAUUUUUUUAACUUUUAUUUGGACAGUAUGAACAAUUAGCCUACCAUGGGAAUUAUGGAAAUUAGCCUACGAUGGGAAGUAUGAACAAUUAGCCUACCAUGGGCAGUAUGUACAAUUAGCCUACCGAUUACUUUUUUCUUUCUAGCCUUUAGAUCAGCUAAUCUUUUUAUUGCACUUGCUAUUUUUCUUCCAUGGUUUCCACAUGCAUUGAUUUUUUCUAUUUUGGAAGAUCGUUGAUGGUGCACAUGGUGCCCCGGGCAACUGCCAAAGCUGCCAGUACCUUGAGCCGGCCCUGUUGACAUGCAUUAUUCUGUUUUAAGUAUAAAGUAUGUGGUUGACGAUAAAAAAAAGAUAAAAAUAUUGUAAACCGAUUUUGUUGAAUAGGAUGAGAUCACAGAAAUGAGACGCAAACUAAGGAUCAUGACACAUCAGAUUGACCAACUCAAGGAAGAAAUUCAGGCCAAGGAAGCCGCUCUGGUCAAAGAGACUUUGAUUAACCAACAAGUUGAAAAGGAGAAAGAUACGCUGAAGGUAUCAUAAUGAAAUAAUUUUUAGUUUGAAGCAUUCUUCUGUACUGUUGACUUUUAAAUGACUGAUAUUUUCUAUAAAUCUGUAUUUUUUCAAAAUGUUUUAUUCAUUAUUUUUUUUUAAAUUGCAUAAAUAAUAAAUAAGAUGCAUUUAAAAUAAAUUUUUGGAUAAAAAAAAAAUGUAGACCACUUUGCCUGUUUGGCCUUUGUUUGAUUUGCCUCUGAGUUCAUUUGAAUAAAUGUUGAAAAAUGCAUGCCACUAUGAUACCAAUUUUCAUUCUAUAACUUACUAAUAGGCUGAGUUACAAAAGAUGAAACAACUUGCCUUGGAGAACAAGAAUCACAUGGAGGCCCAGGUACAGGAGGAAAAAAAAUUACUUAUGAUCAUCAGAGAGGCUGAUGCUGAGAGGGUCAGACAGAAAAAAGAGCUCGACCAGGUGAGUAAAUGUUGGCCAGUUGCUGGAUGGUUAACAUUUAAUCAAAAUCAAAAUGAUAAUUGAUACUGGUAGUAAAACACCCCUUUCUUUUCUAUUUACAAAUUAAAAUUGAUAUUUUUAAAAUCAAAUCUGCUUCAAUGAAAUUACAAAAGUUACAACUAAUGAGAAAAAUAUUGUCACCAAAAAUAGUUUUAUAAUUCUUCACCAAUAGCAUCUCACCAAUAGCAUCUCACCAAUAGCAUCUAACCAAUAGCAUCUCACCAAUAGCAUCUCACCAAUAGCAUCUCACCAAUAGCAUCUCACCAAUAGCAUCUCACCAAUAGCAUCCCACCAAUAGCAUCUCACCAAUAGCAUCUCACCAAUAGCAUCUCACCAAUAGCAUCUCACCAAUAGCAUCUCACCAAUAGCAUCACCAAAAGCAUCUCACCAAUAGCAUCACCAAAAGCAUCUCACCAAUAGCAUCUCACCAAUAGCAUCUCACCAAUAGCAUCUCACCAAUAGCAUCACCAAAAGCAUCUCACCAAUAGCAUCUCACCAAUAGCAUCUCACCAAUAGCAUCUCACCAAUAGCAUCUCACCAAUAGCAUCUCACCAAUAGCAUCUCACCAAUAGCAUCACCAAACGCAUCUCACCAAUAGCAUGAACUUUUAAAAUGAUCUUACAUUUAAAACUCUUUUAUUUUUUUAUGUUAACAUGGCUGUAGCAAAGAUAAACUGGUUUUAAUUUUCAGUGAUGUUUUCAAAAUACGCAACUUAUUUUUUAUCAAAUCCUUGGAUUUAUAAAAUAAGAAACAAUGUUUGAGGUACAAUUUUGUAAAUAAAUCAAAUAGUUAUAAUAACUGUUACUAUAAGUUUUCUCAGUCUUCAGUUGUCACAUGUGUGUAAAUUUUCUCACAUUAGGUGAUUAGUGAGAGAGACAUCCUUGGCACACAACUUGUGAGGCGCAAUGAUGAGCUGGCUCUCUUGUAUGAAAAGAUUAAGAUUCAGCAGUCAGUGCUCAACAAGGGAGAGAUACAAUACAACCAACGAUGUGAAGAUAUUCGAAUUCUCAAGCUGGAGAUUAAGAAAAUGAGAAGAGAGAAAGUUAUUCUCCAGAAGAGUGUAGCUAAUGUCCAGGACCUGAGGUAACUGCCAGCUGUAGAGGGUUAAUAUAGGGCAACUCAACAGGAAGUUUCUAUUUAGAACUGUGGGGCAUAAAUGUGCUUGUAAUUUUACCCGAGUAUAACUAUUCCUAUUUUUGAUUUUUAAAAAAUGUGUUAUCUUUCUGAUCUGGCUAUUUUCAUUAAGUCCUCUAGCAAUGUCACGAAUCUUCAUACAUUUGUUUUAAUAUUCUGCUGCAUUUUCUGUUUCUCAGAGGCAGCAUGAUUUCUCAUUCCAAUACAUCUUAUUCUAUGUCAUGUCAUCUAAUACUUCUCAGUCAAUGUCAUGUAUUGUUUUGAAAGCAGUAUAUCUUUUUUUUACACAUAAAACAGAAAUCAAUAUACAGUCAUGCAAAUAUUCUUCAAUGAAAUUACAAACACUUACAGUUAAUGAAAAAGUAGAAGAUAAAUAAGUAAUUUGACAAAGCCCCCAACCCCCCUCCCCCCGACCCUGAUCCUAGAUGUUGUUGAGAUUGUAAAUGCAUAAGAAAAGAAAUUAUAAAACUAUUUUUGAUGACUGUUCAUUGUCUUAGAAAAACAGAUUUACAAUGCUGCAUUGGGUAGAUUGCAUUGUGUUGUAGGAUCAAUCGGUCAUGAUGGACUCAACUUUUAAUUUUUAUUUUCUCAGGAGGGAAGUCUAUCAUAUUCAACGGGAACUGCUAAGGGAGAGAACCAGGUGUAAAGCUUUGGAAGAAGAGUUAGAAAAUCCUAUGAAUAUUCAUCGAUGGAGGAAACUAGAGGUAGAUAAACUAUCUUAUGAAUUUUAUUUCCAAGAUAUAAAACAUUUCUUUAACAGAACUUUUAGCAAUCCAUUAAAAUAUUGCAUUUGACCGAGAUAAAACUACUUGAUGACAAACAAAUUUCUCAUCUAUUGGAAUGGAUGUAUCAUCUAUUGGUAUGGAUGUCUCAUCUAUUGGUAUGGAUGUAUCAUCUAUUGGAAUGGAUGUAUCAUCUAUUGGAAUGGAUGUAUCAUCUAUUGGAAUGGAUGUAUCAUCUAUUGGAAUGGAUGUAUCAUCUAUUGGUAUGGAUGUAUCAUCUAUUGGUAUGGAUGUAUCAUCUAUCGGUAUGGAUGUCUCAUCUAUUGGUAUGGAUGUCUCAUCUAUUGGAAUGGAUGUCAGCUAUCUCAUUGCAAUAAUAAUUCAUGAAAUAGAGUCUUGAAUAUUUGUGAAUUUUGGCAUCCAGAUAUUAAUUAACUCAAAUCAUAUUUUGUGAGCCAGCAAUAUGCAAUGUAAGUCAACAAUGGAAGGAAACAAUGUAAGUCAACAAUGGAAGGAAACAAUGACUAAAACACUUUGUAGAAGAAUAAAGACAACAAGGUUGAAAAAACCAUGACACAAAAUUAUUUAUUACAUGUAUGUCAUCAAUUUGGAGGACAGGGGGGCUGUGUCAGUAGGUGGGUCAACACCUAAACAUGACUUAUGUAUCAGAAAAUAAAUCAGUGCACAUCCAGGCACCUUGGGUAGAUGUGACUUGUCAUCCUUGGACUCUUACCCAUCUACUUGAAACCAAACUCUGACCACAAAUCUCUUCUGUUUUGUGGCUACACCCUUAUGGUUAAGGCUAAAGGAAGAAUGCCAGUUGAAGUGUCCAAAAUUACGUCGCAUAUUAAUGCCAAGCUGUGUUGGCCAGUUGAUGUUUCUGUGUGUCCACAGCCUUCAUAUUUUUGCCAGUGAGGUUAUACAGUGAUCAUUUUCUCCUUGAGGAGGACUGGUUCAAAAUUAAAUGUGUUAUAAAAAAUACAAUCCUUUUAAUCACAGGGAAUUCACCUGGCCACUAUUAACCAGGACAAAAAUAGUUUUGAUGUUUUUUUCACUAAUUAAUUCUUUUUAUAUCCACAGGGCAGUGACCCAUCCACUUAUGAGAUGAUCCAGAAGAUCCACACCCUGCAGAAGCGACUCAUCCAGAAGACAGAGGAAGUUGUGGAGAAGGAAUUAUUGAUACAGGAGAAAGAAAAACUUUACCUAGAACUCAAGCACAUCCUGGCACGUCAGCCAGGACCAGAGGUGGCCGAACAGCUGACCAUCUACCAGCAAACACUCAAAGAGAAAACUAAACAGAUGAAGGUCAGUGAAAUGUUCACCCAAUAGCAAUCUAACAGCAGGUUUGGUUUCAGACUAAAAUGAUAGAAAGGUCUGAAAUUCAUUUAUUCUCAUUGCCUAUAUUUGGCAAAACUAACUAAAAAAAAUAUUUAAAAAAGUAUAUAGAUGAUUCUCAUUUAGUUUUUGUAUGAACAGCAUACUCUCCAAUCCCUCUUCUCACACUUACCUUUUCUUUACUUGUUAUUUUCAGUCUAUUACAUAUGUAAAAAUUGCUUUCUAUUUCUCUGUGCAUCUCAAAUUCCACUUUAUUUGACAAAUUCUGACCUGUAAAUAUGAACCACUUAUGAUAAUCUUUUACUUGUUCAAUUCCAGGGCAUGGCAUCCGAGUUGAACAUGUAUGAAGCUCAAGUCUCAGAAUAUAAAUAUGAAAUAGAACGAAUCGCUCGUGAGCUUCAGGAAGUGAAAAAGAAGUAUUUUAUGCAAAAGAAGAAGGAACAACAGAAUAAGUAAGUUUUUGAAAGGAAAUUUAAUUUAGUGUGUAGAAAAAAUGAUAUUUUAACUGUAGGAUUUAAGGAGGAAUUAAUAGAUACUAUAGCUCAUUUCUUACUUUUAUCUUGACCAGUUAUUGUUGGUUAGAAAAUGUUAAAUGUAAAGGAAGGAUAUGUACACAAAUAGCAUGGCUUCGAUAUGUACACAAAUAGCACGGCUUCCAAACCAUCUUAAUACUGUAUGUGGAGUAAUGUAAUAAUGUUAUGAUUCUUAUUGGAAAUUCCUUAGUAAAAGCAAUAUGUGAUUAAUAAAGACUGUUAAUUAUAUUAUCUUGUAUUUUCUAGCCUUUAAGCCAUACUGUGCUCAUACUGUUCCCAACUCACUCAGUCUUGACCGCCCUGCACUAAAAUAUUUACAAUUAUUAAUAUUAUUAUUAAGGUUGUUUUAUAUAGCUCAGUACCCCAGCCUAGGGCAGGGCUCACUGCUCAGUACCCUAGCCUAGGGCAGGGCUCACUGCUCAGUACCCCAGCCUAGGGCAGGGCUCACUGCUCAGUACCCUAGCCUAGGGCAGGGCUCACUGCUCAGUACCCCAGCCUAGGGCAGGGCUCACUGCUCAGUACCCCAGCCUAGGGCAGGGCUCACUGCUCAGUACCCUAGCCUAGGGCAGGGCUCACUGUGCUACAAAUAAAAAUUAGCAGUUACAGAAAAUUAUACAUUUAAAAUUCCUUAUUUCUCAAUUCCUUAUCUCUCAAACGUGACCUCCCUGCACUAAAACAUUUACAACUCCUCAUCUCUCAGACUUGACCUUCCUGCACUAAAACAUUUACAACUCCUCAUCUCUCAGACUUGACCUCCCUGCACUAAAACAUUUACAACUCCUUAUCUCUCAGACUUGACCUCCCUGCACUAAAACAUUCACAACCCCUUAAGGUGCUCCUGACAUCAAUUAUUUGUGUUUUUCAGGGAGCGAGACAGAGUAUUAGUUCAAUCUGGCGGACCACCCAUCAUGUCACAAAGGACAGAUGCACCGCGGUUUACUGGCGGAGGAUUCAAUCUUAAAACAACCAAAUCAGCCGCAUAGACAAAUCAUUGUAACUAAACCAAGAGUCAUAGACACUGAAUUCUGCAAAAAUCAUGAGUCACGGAAACUGAAACCCGCAGAAACCAUGAGUCACAGACACUGAAACCCACAGAAACCAUGAGUCAAAGACACCGAAAACUGCAUUAGAUUCUGGUUGUUCAAAUAUGGCUAUGAACAUAUAAAUUAAUUCAUUAGACAGUUUUCGUAAAUCAGAAAAUGUAAAAAUUUGUAAUAUUUCAUACUUAAAACUUGAUGUAAUCCACUGAAAUGACAUUGUAGUGUUUAGGGCUAUGCUAUGAAUUUAUGAUCAUUCCGCAGUUUAUGUGAGUCGGAAGUUUAUGUGAGUUGGGUAAUAUUAAUGGAGUUGUUUUUAAAAGAUUGCAAGUAUAUUAUGUGAUAUGUACAAACAUUUUUAUUAUAACAUACAUUUUGUAAAACACAAUUUGCUGAUAAAAUUUUUGAAAGUUUUAAUUUCACAUUUGUUUUAAGCAAGAAUACAAUAUUUAGUAAAUUCGACAUGCAGUUGAUGUUUUUUAUGCUGAGGAAAUUUUAAAAAAAGACAACUUGAUAAAGAUAUUGAAAAAUAAGUUAAAAUUUCCAAUAAAGUAUUUAUUUUAUGUAAAAAUUUUGUUUUAAUGAAUUACCUAUGUAAGGUAAAAUAUGUUUUUGUUGUUGACUUUUAUUUGUUUAACCAUGCAGAUAAAAUGACAUCCAAGUAUUCUUGAUAAUAACAAUAAAAUAAUAGUAAAAAUGACAAGAGAUUGAAUCAUUGUUUCACUUUUAGCAGGAUAAAAAAUUCAAGGUAAAAUUUAAAAUACUUUGGAUACAUUUUUUAAUCUUGUUAAUUGAAGUAAACUUUCAAAAACAGACGGCAAAAAACAGCUUUCAACACCAAUCUCUCUCUACCCCCAAACCGCUAGGGUCAUAACUUUUGUCCUUGUUUCACUUUGGUAGAGCUUCCAUGUACAAGACAUUUUUGCUGACCCAUUUUUUGCAAUCAGACAACCAGGAUUUGAGUGGUAUACAAUCAGUCCCAGUGAGACAGUUCAGCUACAAUGCCUGCCGGCCGAGUCUUUAUGUAGACCUACUUAUUCAAAUAGUGACCUUUCAGCUCAUUAUAAAUAAAAUGAUUGACUGAAAUCCUUGGUAGAGUAUAAAUCUGAAAAGCAAGGAACUGCUAAGUGAGUAAAAGGAACAGAUUUGUUUGGAAAAGUUGCUCUGAUUUGAAAAUUGUUUCAUUUUAAUAAGAGUUUCACUAGUCUUGUUCCAACCAUUUCAACUCAAUAGAUAAAAAAAUAGUUUUUUUUAUUGAUUCUAGCUCAAUCAGGAUGUGAACAUUUAUGUUUUACAUGGAGUUCUUUGCCACUGAAAUGAUGAAGGCCAUUUUGUCUCUUUUUAGAAAUAAAAUAACACAACAAAUGCAGCUCACCAACCCUUGUUUCAUUCACUCACCCCUAGAGAUCUUGGAACCACAGGUUAAGAACCCUUCAGUUAAAUGACUCCCAUAGAGCAAAGGGAAAAACAUAAAUUGGUCUAUACGAGGUCUGUCCUAUGAGGAUAUGAGGUUUGUUAAUAGCCAUGAUUUGAACAAUUGAAUUUUAUAUCAGUUGUGUACAUCACCAGCACAUGCCAUGUCACAGCAGCGGCAAUUUUAUUUAAUUUGUAUUAUCAUUCAUAAAAAAUAAAUUUAAAAAAAUAUUUAAAAUAAAAAAAAAAGACUUUCUUUUUCUAUCAAAGACGAUUUUAAACAUGCUGAAAAGUAGAAUAUAAUUUAAG